AUGAAAAGGAGAAGUUAAGCGAUUUCUAGUUUGUCAGGGUCUCCAAAACGUCAACUUUCACAAAUGAGCAUACAUGAUUUUCCGAAUUUGGAACUGUUAUCCUAAAAAUAUGAGGAUGAACAACUAGGAAUUAUGUUAUCUGAAAGUGUUAUUGUGAGUCGAUUCAUCUGUCGCUAGAUCAUCUAGAAGGCAAGUGACAUUAUUUAGGAGAACUAUAUAAUGAGUUUAUUGAUUCCUUUUGGUUGUUAAUGGACAGAACAAUUCACCAAUAUGAUUGUCUAAGAUAUCACAGAGGAUAUGAAUUAGAUCGACUCAAAUUCGGAUGAGGUUGAACCUAAACCAUGUCCAAUAGAACAUUGGAGAAGAAUGAUUGGCUAGAUUUAGAUUCCCAAAAUGAUUUAGAUUGCAAACAGAUCUUUCAGAAGGGAAUCCUAAUUGUAAGGUGCUGAAGAUGCUAAGGCUGAAGUCCAAAGAUUCGAUACUCAACCAGUCAAGAUGGGAGAUUUGGAUGACGACAUAGACUUCGAUACAGAGAUAGAAUCUAUGCGUCAGGCUAAGGCUAGAUAGAUAUAUAAUUUGCAAUAAAAGCAGAUGCAAGAUCUAAUUAAAAAGCAAGAGUACCAAGAGAUGAACAGACAACUUAAGAGAUUAAAUGUUGAUUCGAAAUCCAAAUACACUUACGAUUUUGAGGGUAGAGUGAUAGUUCAGAAGCCACCUGAUGUUGAACGCUAUCCAAGGACUUAUCAAGAUAUCCAAGAAAAAAGAGUGCUAUUAGAAGUUAAAGACCUCUUCCCUCAUCAUAAAAAAUAAUUAGAAUCAAUCAAUAAUCACAAAAAGAAAACUAUCGAAUAAUGUAACCCUUCAACUUUAUCUAAUCGUUUUAGCACAUCAUAAAUUGAUAUCAUUUAAUUAAAAUAGGGAGUUGCAUUCAUAGAAGGCAAAAACGAAAAGAGAAAUGAUCGACAGCAUUCCUUGAUUGAAAUCAAAGAUCCUAAGGAAUUGCAGAAGACUCUAUCCUAAAUCCAUCUUAAAAUGAGCAAAGAAGAGUAUUCAAUCAUCACUAAUCAACCCUUGCAAUCCAGUUUCACCACUAAACAGUUGAAUCUAACUCAAAACAAAGUUCAAUUAUCUCAACAAGUCCAAUCAUCCAAUCCUCAGAAUGUACCUCUGUCCAUUAAUGGAGAUCAAAGCAUUCAAUCUCUAAACUCCUCUAUAUUGUAAAAACUUAAUGGAACCAUUUCAAUCAUAUCAGAUCAUUAUGAUGAAUUGUUAAUACAUGAUCCCUCUGCCUUUAUUACACCUACUACUACCAAAUUGCCAUAAAUUUAAUAGCCAUUCUAACAACAAUAGAGUGUUCCAUAAAUUCCAUAACAUUUGCUUACAGAACCAACUGCACAUCCAUUAUCCAAUUCUGUUACUAAACUACCCAAAACCAUGUAUGUUCCAGGCACCUUUUCAAAGAUCAUUCCAAAAUACCCAAGAGAAAGAAUUUCGCGAAUUGUUAAACAAAUCAAGUAUUGA